AUGUUCGCCGCACGAGCGCCCGUGGCGUUGACCGCGAAAGCACUCAACGCGACAGACCGUCGCGACCGUCGCGUUCGCGUCGUCGCCAAAGCGAACGUCGACGCCCUGGCCCCGCCAGUGACCCACCGCGAGAUGUUCUCCAUCGCCGCCAAGCCUACAAAGGAGGUCAAGCCGACGACGGAUUGGAAGAGCGUGGUGUCGUCUCCGUCCGCGGCGUUCACCGCCGGCUUCGUCGCGAGCGCGCUGAUCGUCAAGGCGCACAUCGCGGCCAAGAGCGGGUCCAAGCUGCGUAAGAGCAAGCCGAUGCUUCGGUACUUUGAUGCCAAGGGGGCGGCCGAGGUCAUUCGCACGAUCUUUGCCGCUACGGGCGUGGAUUUCGAGGACUAUAGGUACACGUUUUCCAUGGACGGUCCCAAGCCGACGAUUUGCGAUCAGCAUGGCGUGGAUAAAGAUGCUGGCGUGUUCAAUUCGAACCUCAAGCGCUUGCCGGUUUUGGAGUUCCAGGGGCAACGCAUCGGUCAGAGUCGCGCCAUCGAGCGAUUCGUGGCGAAAGAUUUGGGUUUGAUGGGUAAAGGCGCGUUGCAGGAGGCCGAAAUCGAUGCGUACUGCGAACACGUGCGCGAUCUUCGAGAGGCGUACCAAAAGGUGAGAGGAAAUCCUUUUGCUCCCACGACCCCGGAGAUUGAAGCUGCAAAGGAGAAGUGGUACAACGAGACCAUGAAGCAAUGGAUGGAAAAGAUUGAAUGUAUUACCGGCGAAGGUGGUUAUGCCAUCGGAAGGAAGAUGUCUCUCGCCGAUAUCGUGCUGUAUUGCGCCCUGACGCAGUCUUUCAGCGACGGCGAGAAGGCGAUGGCUGCGUGCGCUAACGCCCCAAAGGUUAGGGCCGUUGUGGACGAGGUUGGGCGGAACAAGGGCGUGCAAGAAUGGUUACGCACGCGCCCGGAUAACAGGUUCUAG